CGUAACCGGAAAAGAAAAUACACAACAAAGAUGGCGGCCACCAUGGAGGCAGCGUCGACCAAAUCACACGUGGGUAAAAAGGGAAAGCCCCCGAAGCGCUAUUGGGACAAUCCAACGGAGGAUAGUGAAAAUAGUCACGUUAACAAGAAGAAUCGACAAGAUGGAGAAAGUGACUCAAUUCAAGGAAACAUCACAGCGGUCUCUCCUAAUAAAGAAUUGGUCACAGAGAAGCAAAAUAAGAAUCGACAAAGCAAGACAAACCAUAUCUCCGGGUCAAAAGACCCUUUCCCCGGAGAAGCUCCAAUCCCCCAAGAGCGGCUGAAGAAGUUUCAGAGAGGAGAGAAGUCCCAAGUGACGUCCGGUUUGAGGUCAAAGUUAAAAGAGGCCAUAAAACGUUCCGAGGCAGAAUCAGAGCUUGCUCAAAAACAGGCAGCUAGAUUUGACCUCUUGCUCCCAGAGGACGCAGGUUUCCUAGAGGGAGAUGAGGAUGAGGAUACCUGCACCAUCUCUCAGGAUGACAUUGCAGAUGCUGUGGACAUCACUUCAGGAGCCAAGUAUUUUAACCUGCACCUAUCUCAGUUUGGUCCAUACCGACUUGACUAUAGCAAAGCUGGGAGGCAUCUCAUCUUGGGAGGGAAACGAGGUCAUGUGACCUGCAUAGAGUGGCAAUCGAAACAGUUGGUGUCAGAAAUAAAUGUCAUGGAAACAGUCAAUGAUGUUAAGUGGCUGCAUAAUGAAGAUAUGUUUGCUGUGGCUCAGAAAAAGUGGCUGCACAUAUACGACUCCAAAGGGGUGGAGCUUCACUGUAUUCGCAAGUUUAAUGACGUUCUCAGUAUGGAGUUUCUGCCAUACCAUUUUCUGCUGGCCACGGCGAGUGCAACAGGGUUCCUGCAGUAUCUGGACGUGUCUGUAGGGAAGGAGGUGGUAUGCAUCAAUGCCAAGUUGGGUCGGCUCGGCGUGAUGACCCAAAACCCUCAGAACGCUAUCAUUCACAUGGGCCAUCCCAAUGGCAUUGUCAGCCUCUGGUCUCCCAAUCAGAAGGAGCCACUCGUCAAGAUGCUUUGUCACCAGGGUGGGGUCCGCUCAGUAGCCGUGGACAAGACCGGAACGUACAUGGUGACGUCUGGUUUGGACAAGAAGCUGAAGGUGUAUGACAUCAGAGCUUUCAAGCCUCUGCAGUCCUACUUCCUGCCAGCAGGGGCCGCUUGUUUGUCCCUCAGUCAGCGAGGACUGCUGGCUGCUGCAACAGGAGACAUUGUGCAGGUAUACAGGGAUGUGUUGGGGACGCCGGUGACCAAGCCCUACAUGGCCCAUCGCGUGAGGGGAGGAAUCACAGGCUUGAGCUACUGCCCACAUGAGGAUGUUCUGGGAGUAGGACACUCCGAUGGAUUCACUAGCAUGAUUGUACCAGGUGCGGGUGAGCCCAACUUCGACGCCAUGGAUGUGAACCCAGUGGGCAGCUUGAAGCAGCGGCGUGAGUGGGAGGUCAAGGCUCUGCUGGAGAAGAUCCAGCCCGAGCUCAUCUGCCUGGACCCAUCGCAGCUGGGCAGAGUGGACCAUGCCUCCUGGGAGCAGAGGCACGAGGAGCGGGUGAAGACCCUGGGUUAUGACCCAUUGGCUCAGGAGAAGUUCAAACCUCGCAUGAGGAAGAAGGGCCGAAGCUCAAGUGGCGCCGUGGAGAAGAGGAAGAAGAAGGUUGCUCAUGAAGAUCAGAGGGAGGUGAUUCGGAAAACGGUGGAGGAGAAUUUGGGGAAGCAGAAGGAGCUGAAGAAGGAAAAGGCCACUCUGGCUGCUCAAGGACAGAGGUCAGCACUGGACAGGUUUAAGAAGUGAGCGGUGGCAAUGUUGAAGAGAGAAAAGGCCACACCCUGUGAGGCUGGAAGAACAUGCCCUUACGGGCGAGGAGGUUCAGCCCAUCAUGUGCUUCAGUCCCUGGGCUGUUGGACUGAAAUGGACAAAAAGACGUUGACAGCCAAAUACUGACACAUUUACAAAUUUUACUUGUGUGUGUGCGCCUGAGUGUGUUUGUGUAGGAAGGAAUUGUGUUGAUGGCGGAGAAACACCUCAGGAAACCAGCAAUGCACGAAAUACGCCGUUUGUUUCAGAAAUAUACAGUGUUGUACUUUCUAUGACAAGUUACUACAUAAAACCAAUAAAACCUUCCUAGGUUGUAUGGAUAGGAACUUAACAAAGUAAACAGUCAGCAAACUUAGUGUGUGUCGCCAAUGCCAUUGUUUUGUUUUGGUUUUCUGACCUCAUCCUGACCUUGUGAGUACCUGAAGAGUUGUCUGUCAGAGCUCGUUAAAACAUAAUUUUUUAAAAGAUAAACUCUUUUUCGGGAUACAA